UGCGUAGUGGUUUCAUCUGGACUGCGAUUGUAUCUAACGCGAUGGGGGAAACAGAUUUACUGAACCCGCGUAACGUGUAUGCGAACGUUGAAUUGCUGGGAAGGAAACUGUUCCGGGAACAGACAGUCUCUAACACUGAACUGGCUGAACUGAACACGAAACAAGGUUGUAGCUAUGUAAUUAGGUCCCCAAGCUUUUGCACACGCAACAAUUUAUGACCACAUGUCUUCGACGCUGUAAAGUGUAAACUGAUGGUGGAUUGUUGCAUGCUUGAAAUCAAGCUGUCGCAGUGAUCGGAGCUUCUAUGGUCAGGUUAGAUAUUUGUAUGAUCUAUUGGCGCUAUGCGGUAGUAUGUUGCGAAGCCAUGAUACAUUUGGAAAUGUAGUUACGUGCUACUUAUCUGAGAGUUUUCUAUACGAGUCCUCUGGUGGGUAUUGAUUCGUUUGCCUGUCUGUUUUGCAGAUGUCGUAUUCGAGGUACAGGAGUCGUUCAAGGAGUGUGGACUCGAGUGAUGUUGAGAACCCUGGGAACAAUCUCUUCGUGACUGGUUUAUCAUCUCGUCUAACUGAUCAAGAUCUGGAGAAGCAUUUCUCUACAGAGGGAGAGGUGAUUGAUGCAAGUAUAGUACUUGAUCCAUGGACAAGGGAAUCACGUGGAUUUGGGUUUGUCACCAUGGCUACUCUUAAGGAGGCAGAACGCUGCAUCAAAUAUCUCGACCGUUCAGUGCUGGAAGGUCGUGUCAUUACUGUUGAGAAGGCAAAGCGAAGACGAGGUCGAACCCCAACACCGGGAAGGUAUCUGGGCGCCAAAUCAUCGCGUGGAAGGAGGUAUUCCCGAAGCAGGUCACCUGUUAGGAGAGACCGUUACAGCUCACGCUACUCGCCUGAGCGAGAACGCUCUUAUUCUCCUUAUCGCAGAGGACGAUCAUACUCUCGUCGUGACAGGCGUAGAUCAUACACUCCUUCCGACAGGUCGGAGUCUCCCUACGACAGGCGAAGGUCCUACUCACCGUACGACAGGCGCAUGUCUUACUCACCCCACCAUGGUCACCGCCACCGUUCAAGAUCUCCAUACCGUUACAGUAGGCGGAGGUCGCGCUCCCACGACCGUUCUGUUUCAGCAUACUACAGCAGGCGCUAUUCUCCAAGGAGCAGAAGACGGAGCUACUCUCGCAGCAUAUCGCCACGCAGGAGCUACUCCCGCAGCUGCUCCCCGGCGUCAGAAGAAUCAAGGAGCUGUUCUCCGCGGAAAGGACGCGCCGGAAGCAAGGCAUCGCGCAGCAGGUCACCUGGGAAGAGGCGUUCCAGAGAAAGCUAUGCUCACAGCCGCAGUUCAUGCUCGAGGUCCGUCUCCAGGGAGCGCUCAACCUCAGCAAGCACCUGAUGUUUUACGAAGCGCCAGGCCACCGUAUUUCCGUUGUGAUGUUGGAAUUUUAGUUACUUUGCAUGUUUGUAAACAGUGUGGAUGGUAUGAUCGUGCACCUAGUGAAGCAGCUGUAUUUCGUCAUGGUUCUGGACUUGCAUGCCAUAUGUAUGCUAUAUGCUGUACUGGAUACUUCUGUGUCUGUUUUCAGUCUGGUUGGCAGUUUACAUCA